AGGGCCGGGGGGGGCGUCCAGGAUAAGGGUUGAGAAAUACUGAACUAAAGUAGUAUUUACAACCCUUCACUCGAUACUCCCCAAUCCUACCCAUUUUGAAUAUCCUGUUUUGUUUUGUGUCUCGUAUUUUAUUUGUCAAUUAAUAAUAGCGCUCUUGGAUUGUAUUUAGGAGUCAAGCAUUUCGCAACCCCAUCGGAAGGCAAUAUCUGCUAACGUGUGACCAACAAAACUAUGACACUUGGAGCCUCGAACCCGCUUUAGCCGUAUGGACUUCAUCCACCAUACUGACCUCUAGCGGCGUUGAAACAUAAAGCAGCCUAGCCUGACAGGAAGAUGUCAGAGGGAGAGGGGAAGCAGGCGUCGGAGAAUGCCCCGGAUGGGAAACCUGAAUCUGUGGUCUCUGCCCCCGCUGGUCAGAGUGUGUCCUCCAUCCCCUCUCCAGUGUCCAGUGUGACACAGCCCGCCGCCACAGAGGACGAGGAAGAGGAGAGCGAGGACGAGUCCGAGAUUCUGGAGGAGAGCCCAUGUGGACGAUGGCAGAAACGCAGAGAGGAGGUGAACCAGCGCAAUGUCCCCGGGAUCGACAACGCCUACCUGGCUAUGGACACGGAAGAAGGCGUGGAGGUGGUGUGGAACGAGGUCAUGUUCUCAGAGCGGAAGAACUUCAAACUGCAGGAGGAGAAAGUGAAAGCUGUGUUUGACAACUUGAUCCAGUUGGAGCACCUGAACAUUGUCAAGUUUCACAAGUACUGGGCCGACGUGAAGGAAAACCGAGCCAGAGUCAUUUUCAUCACAGAAUACAUGUCUUCGGGGAGCCUGAAGCAGUUUCUGAAAAAGACAAAGAAAAACCACAAGACGAUGAAUGAAAAGGCCUGGAAACGCUGGUGUACUCAGAUACUGUCUGCUCUCAGCUACCUGCACUCCUGUGACCCUCCUAUCAUCCAUGGGAACCUGACCUGUGACACAAUCUUCAUCCAGCACAACGGCCUCAUCAAGAUCGGCUCAGUGGCCCCUGACACCAUUAACAACCAUGUGAAGACCUGUCGGGAAGAACAGAAGAGCCUGCACUUCUUUGCUCCCGAGUACGGCGCUGUUGCAGACGUCACUACUGCAGUGGACAUCUAUUCCUUUGGAAUGUGCGCCUUAGAGAUGGCGGUCCUGGAGAUCCAGAGUAACGGAGAGUCGUCGUACGUCUCCCAAGAGGCCAUCAACAGUGCUAUUCAGUCCCUGGAGGACCCGCUACAGAGAGAGUUCAUCCAGAAGUGUCUGGAGCAGGACCCCAGCCGACGUCCCACGGCCAAAGAGCUUCUGUUCCACCAGGCCCUGUUUGAGGUGCCUCUGUUGAAGCUGCUUGCAGCACACUCCAUAGUCAGCCACCAACACAUGAUUCCAGAAAACGCCCUUGAGGAGAUGACCAAAAACAUGGACCUUAACUUGGUGAUCGUCGAGUGCAGGAAUGGAGUUCAGAUGAAGCUGUCCCAGUUCCCCGCUCUGGAGCUGGAUAAGUUCCUGGAAGAUGUCAGAAAUGGGAUCUACCCCCUCACAGCGUUUGGGGUGCCCGGCCCCAAGCAGCCUGAGCAGGAGGCAGUGAAGUCCCCUAUCGCGCCCCCGUCAGUCAAAUCCCCCACCCCGGAGCCUGCAGAGCUGGAGACCAGGAAGGUCCUACAGAUGCAGUGCAACAUCGAGCCUGUUGACGAAGGUGCCAAACAUCACCUAACGCUUCUGCUGAAACUUGAGGACAAGUUGAACCGGCACCUGAGCUGCGAUUUGUUACCAAAUGAGAAUGUCCAGGAGCUAGCCGUGGAGCUUGUUCAGCUGGGAUUCAUCAGUGAGGGAGACCAGCCACGACUCACUUCAGUUCUGGAAGAGGCCUUCUCCAAGUUCUACAACAGGAACGGCUUCCUGAAUCCGGUCACUGUCUCUUCAUAGCGAAGGACUCGCUUCUCCCUCAACCCAGCCUCGUCCUCAUCUUCUCGUCACGGGACUCUGCUGUCGCUCACCCCAAAGGGUUGUGGGAAAGCUUUGCAGGGACAGAGAAGGGGAGCCGUGGCCUGACCCCAAACCCCCUCUUUAGACCUUAUGCUGGAAAUAGCUGCCACUAAAUGUCUUUUGUCUUUGUAAAACGAAAUAUGAAUACUGGGUAUAUUUUAGGUUAUCCAUCUGCUUCUGUUUUAAAAGAAGAAAAAGAUGUCUGUCAGUAAAACCACAGCAUUAGGUAGUAUGCACGGUUCCGGCUGAGGCUCGGCUAGGACAGCCAUGGCUGAUCACUCCCUUUCAUGUCUUACAUUUAUGGAUAUUUCAUUGUUAUUUUUGUAUUGCCAGAUUUACAUCUUUUUUUUUUUAUAUGUCUUCCUUUAAUGUCACCUUAGACCAUAUUUUAUGACAGUUAUUGCCAGCAAGAUAAUUUCCUAUUAUGGAGUAGAUUUAUACAUAUGAAUGGGUGCUGUGGCCGUGGGCAUAUACCAGUUAAACUUAAAUGUUCUGAGGGCAGAAAGAAUUUGAUUGGUGCAGGUGAACGCCCAAUCAUAAUGGAGGGGAGGCGGUGCUCAUGAGCAUUUCAAGCUGGAUUAAAAAGAGGAAGUGAGUGUUAUCUAGACCAAAUAUUCCCUACUGAAUGUUAGCGUAAUCAAGUAAUUUAGCACAUAGUUCAUUAUAACAUGACAGGCAAACAUACUAUUUCGCAUACGUUAGCAGAAUUGCACGCUUCUUUGUGUCAUUUGAAGUGUUCAUGAGCACGGCCUCCAUUCCGAUUGGGUGUUCGCCUGUACCAAUCACGUUUCUUUCUGCCUUCAGAACCUGUUUGAGUAAGUAAGUGGGUAUGUGCCCUCUGUGGGGGGGUGGGUUGUGUGGUCUUGUGGGGGGGGUGGGUUGUGUGGUCUUGUGGGGGGGCAUGGUCUGUGGGGGUGUGAGAACAAGGCUUCUUACUCCACAAUCGAAUGAACGUGGCUCAGGCGGCAAACGAUGCCUCAAGUGUUAUUUUCGCUACGCUUUCUUAUGUAUCAUCUACACAAGAUGGAACUGUGAACUUUAGCUUGGUUUCUAAUGACAAGAACAACACUUUAUUCAUCAGUAUCUAUUUUUUUUUUUUCUUUUCAGCGACUUCUUCGAGAAUCCCCUUAGGUGUUGCAUACGCUGGGGGAUAAUGUUCACCAAUCAUGUUUUGGUCCCAUUUCAGACGGGCAAGCAAGGGCCUCCGGUUUGAAAAUAUGGAUUUAGCAAAAAUAAUCAACGUUAUUUUAGACAUAUGGAUUAACAAUAUGUAGCAAAUACAUGUACACUGUGUAACUUAAAACUAAACGGGCUGUACAUUUGACAGUUCAGUUAACUAAUUGACGACAGGCCAUUCCUAUUCAAUCGCCCGUUGUGAAGGGAAGUUAAGUCAUUUUUAAUUAGUAAUUUAUAAAGGAACUCAAAGAAUGAAGGUGGUGCAGUUGAGAGGCCUUCCCUUACUGUAGAUAACUUAUUGUCCUAAUGUAAAUAUCAGUGCGCUUUACUGGACUUUGUCUCAUUCGUCUUCUCUGUUGUGGGCACGUUUUUAAUGGUUGUGGGCAUAGGGUGCCUCAGACAAAAGUUUUUUUUGAUGACACUUGCUGCUAGACUGCACUAAUGUCCUCUGUUUUAUGUUUUAGCUUAUCUUUCAAAUUCUGUGGCUAUUAUGGCCUCGGUGAAGUUUAGCAAGGGGAAGAAUUUGCAUGUGUCGGCGGGGCGGGGCGGGGGUCUUGUGAGCGGUUACGGUAUGUUCCAGUUGGUGAGAUUCUCUGGAACGUCGAUCAAAAUCGGUCUUGUGCAUGCUGGAUAUUAUGCUGUAUCCUGCGUCCGAGACGACUUUUUGUUUUUUGUUUCACUUGCUGAAAUAAACUGCAUCUUGCACUUCUCUG